AUGGCUUACAAUGGCAACGGCUGGGUGGACCCUUCGGUUGACGCUGUCGGCGAUGCGGGACGACAGUAUGUCCCGUACCGGCCUCCGCCCUUAGACGCGCCGCAGCAACCACUCCCCGGCCCGUUGCCUUCUGCCGUGGCCGGCAUAGCCCUAAAAGGGAGCAUGUCCCCAGCCCCGCUACGUGUUCAACGAAAACCUGUUGGAGUCUCAGGUAUCCCCGGGGUGCCAAUUGUACCUGGACAGGAUCUUAGAACGGGUCCUCUUUCACCCCCAACUCCAGUGUCAACUCCUCAGACGGCAAACAUACACGGUGGGUACCGGCCGUACCAAGCUGCUACUACAUUAUCUACCCCUCAGGCACACAGUUUUGAGAUUCCCGGUCUGCCAACGCUACCUGCUCAGGAAAUGGAAUCUCCGCAAGCCGGCCCGGGGCUAUACUAUCAGCAGCCAAGUCAAGCGUUUGUGGCCGAACUUGCUGGCUCCGAGCCCUUAGAGCAGCCGCUCAAUCGCCAGAUGAUUGCCGCGACCCCGGCAACUUCGGACAUCCAAGCUGCAGAAUCUGCCUCCCAUUCAAACGUCGAGCUAGACGUUCGAAGUCAGCCUUCAACGGUCGGGCCUACAGUGGCAGUACCGGUACCGAUUCAGGAUACAUCAUUGGACCAGUCGAAAGCCGGGCAAUACGAUGACGGAUUGAUUCCCGUGGAAAAGUCUGGCCCCCCAGAUCAUGAGGGUCUCAUACCGCACCAUCCUGCCCCGCUACCCCCACCCAAGCUUGCUUUGGACGAAGCAUCGUCAACUCAGUAUCCAAGCCCGACCGUGACUCCCCCAACGGAUCAAUCGCAAAAUUACCGGUCUCCUACCAGCCCCAGUCCUCAACAGUUAAUUCCAAUGGACCACCCUUCACCGGCACCAAGCUCAUAUUCCCAACCCCAAUCUCUUUCGUCAAGUUCCAACGCCACCUCAGUUCCACCACCUUCCGUCUCAGCAGCACCCCCGAUAAUCUACCCUAGCCAUCUUCACCACGCCGCCAGCUUUCCCGUACCUGGGCCACAGAGAACAUCCAUCCAACGCCAAGACUGCCCGACGGCGACGACUAUGGCCACCACGACCGCAACAUCAAUGGCUACAGGGCCAGCACUUGUCCGACCCCAAAGCCCUGCGUUGUACACACCCGCGGCCUUCCCAGCUCGGCCACAGACCUUCCCCAUCCAGGGAUCACAGGUCACCCCUAGCACAACUCACCCGCUUCCUCCUUCAGCUAUUCCCUCGACACCGUCUCAGUACACUCCUCAGUCGUUCCCCCAACCGCCUACACCAAAGCCGAGCAAGUAUUCCGGGGCUAGCAACAGUCUCAGCGGCUUCACAAACUCUGUUUUCAGCAAGGACACGGUAAAAUGGAGCAAGAAGACGGCAAGCAGGUUCGGGGGGGCUAUCAAGAAUGCAGCGACCACGGCCCAUGCUGCCGCUACCAAUGCCCAGGUGGCUGCUGCACAAGCUGCCGCGCUGCAUCGGCAAAAGUCACAAAUGAAGGCAGCAGCAGCAGCAAACAGUGCAGCCGUAGCCCAAGGCCAACCGCAACAAGCUCCUUCACAGCAAAUACAUCUCCAGCAAACCCCUCAGCCACAAGUUCAGCCCCAGGGUCAGGCAGCCAGCCUCUCACAGCCCAGCAUGGGGUUUACGGUUCAGCCCGGCCCUGUUUAUGCACAAAUUUCUCAGAAUAAUACGGGACAAAUUCCCUACUGGGCCCAGCCCCCUCAAGCAGGGACAAAUUCCGGGCAGGUCAUGCCACACGCUCCGCCUCAAAGCUCACUGCAGGGCUACCGCUUUCCCGCCGGGCCGACCGGUGUCCCAGUCCAGGCUCAUCCAGCAACAUAUCCACAGCUGCAACCGGUGCCAGGUUUCCCGAACCAGGAAUUGCAAGGCGCGUACCCUGGCACCCCAACGCCUGAUCCUCCGCAACAGCCUAGUCCACAACCACAAGCCCCUAUUACCAGUGUGCCGCUGGAGGCUUCUGUAGACGCAUUACCCAUUACUCAGGGGCAAUCCAGUCGGUCAUCGCCUUCUACAGCCAACGCCGUUUCAGUAACCCCGGGCACAUCGAAUCUGUCUUUGUCGGAAGCGACGGGCACCCAGGAUGGAGAAACAGUCGCCCCACAGCCUUCAUCGAGCUCAUCGUCCUUGGCAGAGCCUCAGAACGCGACGGAACAGCCAGCGACGGACGUGACGGGGAGCCCUACCUGCCAAGAAUCCCUUGAACCAGAAAUACCCGCCACGUCUGCUUUAUCAAUCAACCAGAUCUCAUCUCCUAGGGCUGUGACUGAGGAGUUUGAGAGGGCAGCGCUUGACGAGAAUCGGCAAGCGGCACCACAAGCUGGUCUUCACCAACCAACAGGAGCACCAUCACCACAGCCGCAACCUUCAUCACCCCCUCCCAAUGGGGGAUCUUACGGAGCUCCAAUAGGCCAGAUCGCUCCGUCGAACGUACAGGUUUCUCCUCCUCAAACUGGGCCUCCUGUUCACCCAGGUCUUACUGGGCCUAGCACGCCCGCAGCAGCAACCGUUCAACAGACGUAUCCAAUCAACUCUCCGUUACAGCACCAGCAAUGGGGCCCGCCAACUCUGGUUCCCAGUCCUCACGCCCCAGGGGCCGGGGUUCCCCAGGCUCCAGCUCAGGGUGCUGUCGCUACAUAUCCUGUCCAGCACAUGUGGAAUCAUGGCCAAGCUCAAAGUUGGACCCCGGCAGUAUAUGGGGGCCAGAUGCCUCACACGGGACAAAACGUAGCUCCCCAAGGCACUCCGGGGUCACCGCCACCCCAAAACAACGCUCAACAGCCGAACUACUUUGGUGUGGCUCCACAUCUAUCUCAAUAUCAGGUCCCUCAGCAGACCGGGCCGCAAAGAGCAUCUUGGAUUGCCCCGAUAGGGCAUCCUGCGCCUGUAUCAAGUACAGCCACCGCCUCAAAUCCGGUCACCACUGGGCCCACGCCUCCACAAGUUUGGCAGCCUCAACCCCAACCUCAAAUUCAGCCCCCCCACUUCCAAGCCCAGCCUCAUCUCCAACCACAAGCUGAAGUCCAGGUCCAAGUUCACGCUCAAGCUCAGACGCAAAUCCUUCAGGCUCACCCAACAGCGCAACAACGCCAAAGCUGGAUAGCUCCAGCGAAUACCUUAGCCCAACUCCCGCCAGGUCAAACGCUUGCAGCACAAGGAAACGUCCAACAACUGCCCGCAGCAUGGGCAUCGUCCGUCCAGCCACCACAAAGUUGGCCCAACCUUGCCCAGAGUAAUGGUUACUUUGUUGGCCCUUACCCGGCGACUGCACAGAUACCCCAGGGCCCAACACAGCCGACCGGCUAUCAUCCUGGUCCAGGUGCCCCAGGUACUAGUUCAGUACAGUAUGCCCUCACCCAGCCGGGAGUGUACCACGUCUCUGGGCAGAACCCGCAACUUACUCAACCACACUGGCAAUACGCACCACAGCAAUCACAGCAACCCCCGCAGCCUCCCGGUUCACCCCUACCUCUAGCCCCCCAGACUAAAGCUCCACAACGCCAAACCCAACCCACACCGUCUACAGUUCCCUUCACUCUGAUGUCGGCGGCCCUUAACAAAGCCGGACUCCCCGUCCCAAAGGGAAUCACAGGCACUCUUCUCGCGGCCGGCACAGCAGCUGCUAUCAAACACGCCACGAAAAAGGGGGCAAGCGGGGGCCACAAACCCCACGGCGGCCAUAGCGAGCACGGUGCAGCGGAAGAAACGCAGGAACCGAAGGAGCCGCAGCAGCCACAAGAUGCACAAUCUGAGGCAGUAGGUGUGGAUUCACAGGAUCCCGUUCAGGGGGGAGGAGAUCAAGUACUUGUAGAAAGUGAUAAUAGUCAGGGCUUGGUAGGAGGGGGUGGUGAUUACACUCUACAGCUUACAACUACGGACUACACAUUCAGUUCAGGGCAGGAUGUCUCCGGCGGGUUGGGGUUUGUAGACCCGUCGUCUGCGACUCUGGAUCCUUCUUUGGUGGACCCAUCCUCUUCUGGGCUGGGGCUGCUUAGUGAUGCUAAUGUCUGGGGCGAUACGGGAGGUGAGCUCACCGACGACGGCGGCUUGGGUGCCGGCGGAAUUCUGGGUGGGUUGCUGAGCAGCAGCAAUGGUUUGGCCAACCUGUUCUUGGGGUCAUCAGACGGGCAGACUGGCUGCAGCGACCUGAUUUGA